CACCGCCUCAGCGCCUCGAGGGGACCGGCAGCAGCCCCAGCCCUCCUCCUCUUGCGGUGGAUGGUGCGGGCCGGCGUAGCCUCCCCCGAGAGGGAAACCUGCGCGGCCACCACCGAGCGCUGCCAUGCAGGGCUGGCCGCGGAGCGGGGCGGGCCGGCCGUCCCACGGGGCAGGGAUGCAGCCCCCUGGGGGUAAUCACACAAUAGAAGCAGAAGAUCUGAUUCACCUGCAAAGAGCGCUGGAAAUUCUUCAACAACAGCUGGAAUCAUUUCAGGCAUUUCAGAAACAGACUCUGGAGAAAGCUAAUAUGGUACAGUCUGAAAUCAGUAACAUACUAAAUAAAAACAUCCUUGAAAUGAAAACCCCAGUACAUAGUUCGGCCAAGAUUAUGAUGACUGCACACAUCACUUUUACAGCAAAUAAUGCAUCUCUGCUUAUGGAAUAUCCUGAACUGUCAUCUUCUAAAAGAGAAGUUCACUGUGACCAACAAUCGUGUUCUGAAGACAAUGUGGAAGUACACUGCGGUGGUACAAAUGUGGUUAGUGAUAUGCAAAUUUCACAUAGGAUUUCACUGAAAACUGAAAAGGUUGAAAAUUCAGAACAUCUAAUUGGAAACAAAAGGAUAAUUAAAAUAAACAAUGAGUUUGCAUGUGGACAUUUGGUAUCCGGCGCUGAUUCACAGAGAGAAAGGUUGGAUGCUGCCCAGGAGAAGAUGCUGCUGAGGUUAGGAGAUCAGAAGUUCAGUGAAAACCAAGCAGCCCCUGAAUAUGAUGGAGAAACUGAAGCAUUGCAUAAGACUCUGAAAAAUUCUGAGUGUUGGCAAAAAAGAGUACGCUAUCUUCAGACUGAAAAUCUACCUUUCAUGAACAACGUAAAACCUCUUGCUGAGACUGUACAGUCUUUGAAAGAAAAAAUAUCAGAAUAUGAUGUGAAAAUGAAGGACUUCGCUAAAGAACAGAGGAGAACGCAUAUUCAGUUAGUUAAAUCACCAGAAGGCAAUGAGGAAUGUAUUAAAGAAGUAAAGAGCCUGUUAAGAAAAUGUAAAGAACUCCAGAACCAGAAAAUAAACCUUGAUGAGAAAAAGAAUCGACACCACAAUGGAAACAAGGACACAAUACAGGCACUACAUGAUUUUCAAAUUAGGAACAAGAAAUUAGAAGGAAAGAUGACUGCUGGUAUUUGUGAAAAAGGGAGGUUGAAUGCAAUGCUGGAGUCCUUUAAACACAAAUGCUCCAAUUCACAAGAAACAAAUAAAAAACUUGGCCAGCUUACAGAAGAAAAGAGCUCCCUAAAGCAAGAGCUUGAAGGAAAGCAGAGUAUAAUAGAACAAAUGAAAGAAAAAAGAAUUGCAACAAAAUCUGAACUGGAGACUCAUCCUCAAUUAAUGCAAACACUUGCAGAGAAAAAACUUAACCUUGAAAUGACUCUGCAGGAAUGCUAUAAUACUAAACAGAUGCUGCUGAAGGACAUUGAGAAAGUCCAGUCAAAUAAAUUGUAUAUGGAAAAGAAACUCAUGACUGAACCCAGAAAUGCAAAAGCAGAUAUUGAUCUUUUAAAAUAUAACUUGACCACUGCAAACACAGAAUGCAAGAGGUUAUCAACAGUAAUAGCAGACAUCACAGAGGAAAAUCAGCUACUUAAGAACAAACUGAAUGAAUAUAGAGAAUAUGCUUCCAAAUGUGAAAAUGACAUUAGAAAACUGUCUAAAGAAUGCUUACUAUUAGAAAAUCAACUGCGGACUAUUGAACAUGAGAGAGAUGUAGCACAGCUUGAAUUCCACCGUUUGCAUAAGGAUUAUGUUUAUCUCCGAGGCAAAGCUACAGCUUUAGCAUGGGCACAGAAGAAUCCUGAUUCCAGUUCUGGAACCAUGCAAAAUAACUGUUAUUCUGAACAUUCCACUAGAACUUGUAAAGAAAUUCCUUUGGAUUGCCUUUCACAAGGGAAUGAAAAGAUAACUAAAAUACGGAAGAAAAUACAACAGGAAGAACUGAAGAGGUGGAAGGAAAAGCAAGGAAAGGAAAAUGAAAACUUCAGAGCAGUCUUAAUCAGCUGUACUACAUCAGAACAGCAGUUAGAAUGAUGUACUGUGUAGUCCAAUCUAUCUAGGAAGGCUGGAUCUGCAGAGUUCGUAAGUGAACAACACGGCAUAUUGUCCCGAUAACCUGCACAAAGACACCUAA